AUGGAGGAGAGAGAGAAGCUGCGCCGACAGCUUGAGGCGCAGAUAGCUGCUACAGAGCGACAGCUCAGCCAGCUGAAGCAGGAGCUUGCAGAUCUAGAGACGAAGCAGCCCGCACCGCAGCAGCCAGAAGCAACAAGAGAGAGACCAGCCGACUGGCCGCUACUCCAGGAUGAAUAUAGAAGAUACGGAAGACAGAUGAUAGUCGAGCAGGUCGGGCUGCCGGGCCAGCUUCGACUGCGGAACUCAGCCGUGCUCAUCGUCGGAGCAGGCGGGCUAGGCUGUCCAGCAGCUUUAUAUCUUGCCGGCGCAGGAGUUGGAAGGCUGGGUAUCAUCGACGGCGACCAGGUUGAGAGCUCAAAUCUGCACCGCCAGGUCCUACACCGGACGAGAAACACAGGCAAGUAUAAGGUUGAUAGUGCAAUCGAGUAUCUACAAGAACUGAACCCUCACCCGACCUACAUACCCUAUCGAACUCAGCUCUCACCGCAAAACGCACCAGAUAUCUUCGCCCUGUUCGAUGUCAUACUAGACUGCACCGAUAACCCAGCAACUCGAUACCUUAUCUCAGACACUGCAGUAGUCCUUGGGAAACCGGUCGUGUCUGCUUCGGCGUUGCGAACAGAAGGACAGCUGAUGAUACUCAACUAUCCUCCCCGUUUGCCGGGGGAUAAAUCAGGAGGUCCAUGUUACCGGUGUGUGUUUCCAACUCCGCCUCCAGCAGAUAGCGUCACGAGCUGUGCAGAUGGCGGGAUUAUCGGGCCAGUGGUGGGUGUCAUGGGAGUUAUGCAAGCACUUGAAACGAUACGGGUGAUAACCAGCAUGUCUGAGAACACCACGCCGAGCACUGGAGCCAUUGUUCCGUCUCUCCAUCUGUUCUCCGCCUAUUCCACUCCUCCAUUUCGUACUAUUCGGCUGCGUCCCCGGCGGCAGAACUGUGCUGUGUGCGGAACAGAGCCAUCGAUAUCCAUCAAGUCCCUCAAGAACGGAUCCAUGGAUUAUGUCCAAUUCUGUGGCUCGCUCAACACAGUAUCUAGUCUGAUGCCAAAUGAGCGGCUCAGUGCUAGAGAUUACAAGAUAUGGCUUGACAGUCACAGCAACAAUGACAAGGGUAUCCUGCUCGAUGUGCGCGAACGGAUCCAGUAUGAUAUAUGUGCAUUGCCUGGAAGCGUCUGCGUACCCAUAUCGGAAGUUUUGAGAUCAUCUAGAUCAUCUGAAGCAACAAAUGGGGAGCUUCCGGCAUGGGUUCCUUCCAGUAUCAUCAACACUGAUACCGCAACCCCUAUCCACGUAGUUUGCCGCCAGGGCAACGACUCUCAGACUGCAGUGAAAAUACUCAAGCAGCUCGGCCUCGGUCAAGGUGGCAAACGUUUCAUUGGCGAUAUCCAGGGCGGUUUGGACUCAUGGAGAAGAGAUGUCGACCCCCAGUUUCCAGACUAUUAA